AUGGAUGCCUCAACAUCAGCAUCUCCUUCCUCUCCCCUCAACAUUACUAAUUCAAAAAAUGGGAAUGAGUGUGGUACUCAGGCUACAGUGGAUGAAGCUUGCCAUGAUUUUCUAUCUGAUGAAGACAUAGUUGCAAUAAAUGGAGAAGGAGAUCUGUUAUUAUCUGAUGAGGACAUAGUUGCAAUAAAUGAAGAAGGAGAUCCGUUACUUAUAGAUGCUGAGGCAGCCCUAGCAAGUGGUGCAAGUAUAGAACCAGCAAUAAGAACGGUAUUUACUGACGAAGAUGAAGCUUAUGAUUAUUAUAAUAAGUACGCAAAAUUGUUAGGGUUUGGUAAAAAAACAGGAAGGACCAUAUGGAAACAUGGUGGAAGAAUUAGUUGGAUUUUAAAAUGUUGUAGGCAAGGUUUUCGUAGUGAGAUGUAUCAUGGGAGUGAAAAUGCUUGCCCCCACCCAAAAUGUGGAUGUCAGGAAAAAAACCGCAUUAAGAAGAAUAAUAGAUGGGUUCUUGCGAAGGUUGUAAAAGAAUAUAAUCAUAUUCUCACAAAGCCCAACAAGACUAGAUUCAUUUGCUUUCAUCGAAAGAUAUCAAAUACAGUGAAAAGGGUGAUUGACACAUUGGAGUCUUCCAUGACUAAGUCUAGGGUUACGAUAGAUUACCUUAUUGAAGAGGCUGGUGGGGCAAAAAUGUUACUUUCAUUGAGAAAGACCUUGAGAAUCACAUAA